AUGACAGGCUUUCGUUCUGCCCUGCAGGCUUCAAAUGUGAAUGUUGAACACACUCGAGCUAAGGACGAUGACCCUACAGUAUGUCCUGCUUGUCACAAGCGCCUGAGGACAACCCAAGGACUGGCUACUUAUCUUAGUACCGCCAAGUCUUGUAGAUGGUACAAGAAAGGGAAGCUGAGGGCUUUAACCCUUCCAGGAGAAUUCGCAGUUGAUGAAGAUGUACUGAUGCGAGAAAUAAAUGAGCCUCUUCCGGAUGGACUGGAAGGACAAAUGGAGGAGGAACCAGGUCAAGUUAUGGAAGACUACCAUGAUAGACUCUUCGAUCUCAUUCCGAUCAGGAACCCACCUGAACACCCAAGAUCCCCCAUCCCAUCCUCUGCUUCAGACAUGCAAGUUGAAGAUGUGCAUCCCACUGCAGGCAAGGUGAUACAUAUGGAUGAAACAGUGCAUCAGAGAUGGAGGAGAGAAUUUGGAGGAUCUGAUGCCAACGGAGACAUGGAGAUGGAAGAUUUGGGAGAGGGGACAUCCAUGACGACGAACAUGUUUGCACCUUUUGAGUCUGAGCUAGAGUGGAGAGUUGCCUGCUGGGCCAUUCAGGACGGCAUAGGGGAUUGCACAAGAUUGUCGACAGUGUACCUCCACGUGCUUGCUGGAAGACUCGCUGAACUUUGGUUCAAGAAUGACCCAGAGCACAAACAUACCAUCUAUCAUCGGAAUCCGAUUGAUGCUGUCAAGACAUUACUUGGAAAUCCAGCACACGCAAACAAUAUUGUCUAUAGACCCAGGAGGGUUUCCACUAAUGCUUCCAGGGAUAGUAGAAUCUACAAUGAGAUGUGGACUGGGGACUGGUGGAACACUGUCCAAGACAGACUUCCAGCAGGGUCUUGUGUGGCUCCAGUCAUCAUCGCCACUGACAAGACCCAGCUCACCCAGUUUGCUGGCGACAAGAGUGCCUACCCUGUCUACCUUACGUUGGGGAACCUUCCCAGAGCCAUAAGACGGAAACCAUCCCAGCAUGCCUGUAUCCUUGUCGCAUACCUUUCUGUCAGCAAGAUGGUUGGCGUUGAGCUCAGCAAGAAACAAAAAUCUACCCGCAUUCAACAGCUCUUCCAUGACUCUAUGCGGAUAGUUUUGGAGCCGCUAAUAGAAGCAGGAAAAAGCGGUGUUGAGGUGACUGGAGGAGACGGUAAAGUGCGUAUGGUGCACCUGAUACUAGCAUGCUAUGUGGCAGAUAACCCAGAGCAGUGCCUGGUAACUUGUGCUAAGUACGGUACCUGUCCAAAGUGUGAGGUGGAUAAUAGCCAGAUGGGAGAUGAAGACCCCAGUCCAUGGAGGACCCAACGCAAAACCUCCAAGAUAAUAGAAGCUGCCAGGGCCAACUCUACGUCUAUCAGCAACUUUCAGGAGCGCUGCAAGCAGGACAACAUUUCAGGAGGGGUGAGGCGCCCAUUCUGGGAGGGGUUCCCACAUUGCGACAUACACAUGUCCAUCACCCCUGAUGUACUGCAUCAGUUGUACCAGGGGGUGGUAAAGCACCUCGUCCACUGGUGCAGCAGUGUGAUGACUGACGCUGAGUUGGAUGCUAGGAUUAGAUCGCUUCCUCCUUGUUUUGGUAUGCGACAUUUCAAGAACGGAUGGUCUCGCCUGGCUCAGAUAUCAGGGAAGGAGAGGAAAAACAUGGGAAGGAUACUUCUGGGGUGCAUAAUAGGGAAAGCUCCAUCUCAAAUGGUGGCCUGUUAUUGGGCACUACUGGAUUUUAUAUAUAUCUCUCAGUAUCCUUCACACAACAAGGACUCCCUGGGAUAUCUUCAAGUGGCCUUAGAGCAGUACCAUGCCAACAAGUGCAUCUUGAUUGAUCUAGGCAUCCGCGACCACUUAAACAUCCCUAAGCUGCACUCCAUGCAGCAUUAUGCUGAGUGUAUUAGAAAUUUUGGUACUACUGAUAAUUACAACACAGAAAUGUUUGAGCGUUUCCACAUUGACUACGCAAAGGAGGGGUGGAGGGCUACCAAUUUCAGGGAUGAACUACCGCAGAUGACUCAGUGGUUGAGUUGUCAGGAAAAGGUCACAAUGUUUGAAACCUACUUGAAGGACUAUCAGCCGACUGAAGUAGAGAGGGAGCAGGAGGAACAGGAUGCACUAGAGUCUGAAAAGCAUCCAGGAGUAGGGCUAGCCAUAUCCAAGAAGCCAGCAUCACCUUCUCAGCCGCUCACCAGCAUCAUAUCAAAACACCGAUGUCCUUCUUUUUUGCACCAUUUGAGGGUGUAUCUUAAUCACUUUCUUCCCAGAGGGGAAGCCAUAUCAUGCAUUCAGCUCCCUCACGCACACUUACCCUUCCAUCAACUGGAUGUCUGGCACACCUUUAAAUUUUCAUUGGACACUCUUGGUAACGAUGUAGAUGGUCGGGAGGAGAUAGAUUCAGUCAGGGCUAAGCCAGGGAAAGGCAGAGCUGAGGACGUGGGAGAUGGGAGAUUUGAUGUUGUAGUUGUUGCGCAGUCAGAUGAAGCUGAGUCCACUGGACUUCAUGGUGCACUACCUAAUGCUACUAGUAUGAAAGUCGGAAGGCUAAAAGUCAUUUUUCACCUUCCAGACUCUAUUCCUUUCAUGGAUGAUGCUAUAGUUGCCUGGCCUAAGGAACAUCUGGCUUAUGUGGAAUGGCUCACACUCUCUAAACAGCCAGGACGACACCAUAAUAUGUAUUCAGUCACCAAGGCUAUUGGGCAGAACAACAACAUUGUUCCAGGUGACAUAGUUUCUCUUUCUACUAUACGUUAA